AUGUCGAACGACGACCUCCCAACCACAAUAAUGAUAGGAAAAUAUGCAACAAUGACGUUUCUCCGAAACGAAGCCUACCUCACCCGCAUUGAGACCAUCCCAAGCGGUAACACACGCGGAGACACGCUCUCUGUCCCGCCGCACUGGCACGAGACGCACGACGAGUUCCUUCGCAUCGUGCAAGGCCGCAUCGAGGCCCUGAUCGGGUCGACGACACGCAUCUACGUCCCGGAGGAUGGCGAAAUACGCAUUCCGAAGGGCACGGUACACGGUUUCCGCACGUUCGAGGGCGAGCAUGUCAUAUUUGAGGAGCGGACGGAACCUAUGGACGAGGAAAAGGAGUUGUUCUUCCGGAACGCCCUCGAAGGUGACAAGAUGACCACCAAUCUAUUCCAGGCUAUGCUUGUCUCGUACCAUGGGGAUGUGCGUCCUGCAUUCCCUGGGCAUAUCCUGUGGCUGGAGAAAGCUUUCGUCACGAUCAUUGGGCACCUCUUAGCGCCUUUGCUCGGCUACAAGUUGAGAUACACAACCUUGAAGAAGCAAAAUUGA